AACACACACUGUGAUUGGACGAUGUGGAGGAUCCGGAGCUUGUGCUGUGUUUCUCUUCUGCUCUUUAUAACUAAUAUCUGCGCUCAGCAACUACACAGACAGCCCUUUCUUUGUGGAGGCAAUAUAACAGAAGACUCUGGAGUUAUUGGUAGCCAGGGAUAUCCAGGAGUUUAUCCCCCAAACACCAAAUGUGUGUGGAGAAUCACAGUAUCACAGGGCAAAGUGGUGGUCCUCAACUUUCGCUUUCUCGACCUGGAGAGUGACAACCUGUGCCGGUACGACCAUGUGGACGUUUAUAGUGGGCAUGUAAAUGGUCAGCGUCUGGGUCGCUUCUGUGGGACCUUUAGACCAGGUGCCCUUGUCUCCACAGGAAACAAGAUGCUUAUUCAGAUGGUGACUGAUGCCAAUACUGCUGGCAGUGGAUUCCUUUCGGUGUUCUCAGCUGCCAAACCAAAUGAAAGAGGAGAUCAGUAUUGUGGAGGGAGACUGGUGAAGCCGUCUGGAACUUUUAAGACACCCAACUGGCCAGAGAAAGACUAUCCAGCAGGAGUCUCUUGUUCUUGGCACAUUGUAGCACCAAAGAACCAGAUUAUAGAAGUAAAAUUUGAGAAGUUUGAUGUUGAAAGAGACAACUACUGCCGCUACGACUAUGUAGCCAUCUUUAAUGGUGGAGAAAUCAAUGAUGCUAAGAGAAUUGGGAAAUUCUGUGGAGACACCCCACCGGCGCCAGUGUUUUCCGAGGGGAAUCAACUUCUCAUUCAGUUCCUCUCAGAUCUGAGUCUAACGGCAGAUGGUUUUAUUGCUCACUACAAAUUUAGGAGCAAGAAGAUUCCUACAACGACCAUCCCCCCAACCACAACCACUCUGCCCCCAACCACCAGAGCUAUAACUUUGAAGUAUUCUGCAGCACUCUGUCAACAAAACUGCAAGCGGAAAGGAAGCACAGAGAGUCAUCUCUGCUCCAGCAACUUUGUCAUCACAGGAACGAUUAUCACCGCUGUGCCGCGUGGAGGAAGCAUGCACACUACAGUCUCUAUCAUCAACAUCUAUAAAGAGGGCAGCCUCGCCAUCCAGCAAGCGGGCAAAUCCAUGAGCACCAAGAUUGUCAUCCUAUGCAAGAAAUGCCCUUCUGUCAGGAGAGGCUUGAACUACAUCCUCAUGGGACAGACAGAUGAGGAGGGCCACGGCCUGAUCGGCCCACAACACUUCGUCAUGGCCUUUAAAGCCAAGAACAAGAACCAGAAAGUGUUUAACAUACUGAAGAACACGAGGUGCUGAGAACGUAUCUCCACGUCCUGAAACUUGUGAACUUUUAUUCAUGUUUGCAGCCUGAAUACUCCUCUCCUCUCCAUAGUGAGUGAUUUCUUUCAUUCUAAUAUCUAUCUGGACCAGUCAGCAGUUGGAUGAACUGAACUGUAAUAGCUGAAAACAGAAUGGCAAUGGUCCAUUUGCAACCCCUGUAUUUCCAAGUUGGAAGCAGUUGGCGUUCAGACUAAAUUCAAGUUUAUAAAUUGAGCUCUUGUGUGUUUUUUUUUUGCACUUGCUGAGAUGAUGGUCAAACCCAAAUAUGUGGAGGUAUAUGAGUAAUAUGUUUUAGUCUAGCAAAAUCAGCCAUGAAAUUUCCAUUUGGGAAAACAUUUUUUGCAAAAGUGUGAUGUAAACAGCACAAAAAACCUGAAUAUUUAAACUAUAACUUAAGCAAAACACAAAUACAUGUACAGGAAAGUGAUAAUGCCUGGCCUAAAACACUGUGCAUGUGAUUACAACUGUUUAAUGAAUGCAAAUGACAAAUUGGAAAUCACCAUACAGUUGUGUAAAACAUUUAUUGCCCCUGUUUUGAUUUGACCCAAUUAUUAAAUAUUUGUCACACUAAAUGAUGUUAAAAUAUAUAACAUGAAAUAAAACACAAGAAAGUUGGUUAUUCAAGCGACCAGGUAACGAAAUUUUUUUGGUGAGCAAAUGAAUUGUAAUUAAACAAUAUAUAAUAGUCAAAUGAAGAAUAUGUAUUUUACUUAUCUUGAACCUUAUCAUCAGCGUCGAACAGUCUACACAAAUGCAAAUGUAUGCCACAAUCUAUGCCAAAAUUCCAAAUCUUGGUAUUUUCUGAUUUUGAUUGAUGUUACUUCUGGUCAGCUGGUGGUUGGAGAUUCCUCACCUUGGUCAACUACAGCAGGUUCUGAAACAACAACUGAAUUAGAAUUAUUCAAUUAUUCAACGGGACCCCCUCUAGGCCCCUUGGUUGAGAAUCACUGCUUUAAGUAAUAUUGUACUUUGUUUAAUGAUCUAAAAUCACAUAGUCUAACAAAUAUCUACCAAAAGAGACAGAAAUUGGGAAAUUAUUACCAGCACUUUAUUCAUUUUGGAUUUCCUUUUCACCAAACUUUAACUUACAGAGGUUUAGUAAAUAAGUUGGUAUCAGGACAGGAGCAGUACCUUUGCCAAUUAGACAUUGUUUUGAUUUAUAGGCUUUUUUAAAAACAUGAUUGUACUGUUUACUAUUACUAACAAAGCUUGAUAUACAGUGUUAUAUUUGGUUAAAAUAGCUUCAUGUACUGCAGUGAUAUGUUUGCUGUAUCAUCCACCCUAAAACUCCACCUUUGAGCCAAGAAACAUAAAACAAAGCAAGAACAAUACUGGCUCUGCUUACAGUUCUGGUUCCUUUAAUCCACAGAUCUCAGAUCAUAGAUGUCUUAAGAAAAAUAACCAGAAGCAAAAACUCUAACUGCUAUCUUAAUUUAGACAAUCCAGUCUCAGCAUGUGUAUCCGGGAGAUUUGCAGGGGCUGAAAUUGGAAUCAUAGAAACAUUUUUUGGUCUUCAGCGGAAUAUACUGUAGAAUUUGGAUCCAGUGCCUAUAUAAUACCCUGCAGUACUGUUUGGGUGCAGGCAGAAGACAAAGAGUUCUUAAUUAUAAUAUUGAUAAAAUAUAAGUUACAGUAGUACAAUUAAAUAAUGGUUAGAUAUCACAAAGUGUAAAAAGUUUUACUAUUUUAAUGUUGCACACUUAUAAUGACGUUCUUUUUCCAAUCUGAUUUUCUUUCUUCAACAUGAAUGAAUGUACAGAACUGAGGAACAUGUAAUGUGCUGGCUAAAGUGCAAUAAGUUGGUAGCAUUGACCUUGAUUAUAUGCUUGACUUUUCAUUCAUUUUCAUUCUAAAUACUGUAAAUGAAAAGCAUCCCAUAAUCCUAUAGUGUUGUUUUAAAGAUGUGCAUUGAGUUAAAGUGUUUAAUAUGAUGUGCAUUUUAAAAUACGCAUUAUAUAAUAUUUUCAUACAAAAUAGAUCCCUGAUGGUUCAUAUUAAUUUAUGUUUUGUGACCAAAAAU